AUGGAUCCAGAGUCUUCCCAACUCGCCCCAAAGGGGUCCUCCGACGGGGAGGCUUCUGCGCCCGCCGAGCUCACGAUCAACCUUAAAAUCAUUUCUCCAAGUCUGACUCUACCCGUCAGUCUCCUGGGCUUGCCCGCAACAACGACGGUCCUGCAGGUAAAGGAAAGAGUACGACAGAAACUGCAGAGCCGCCCAUCGGACGCGCAACAACGCUUGAUCUAUAGGGGCAGAAUGCUAAACCGCCCGGAGGAAAAGCUUCUUGACCUAUUUGGUGAAGAGAUGAUCCGCACUUCCGAUCAGCAAACAAUACACCUCAUUCUUCCCGAACAGGUAGAAAGCCCAUCACUCUCAUCUACGACGACACCAGUCCGCGGGCAAAGCCCUGCGCGCCAAGAGGCUAUCAACAAUGCGCACCACCAAUACUUUGACUCCGUCCUCCAACAAGGCGCCCGUCACCUAUCACGAAGGACCGUGACAACGACUACAACCACGGUCAGCUCUCCAGCUGGAACGCAUAACCCUACCGACCCACAGAACCAUCCCGCCAACACCCACCCGACUGCCCCCAGAUGUACCGGACGCAACACGGCCCGACCUAUACAGCACAAAGCCUCCAGCAGAUGGCUCAACGCCUCAGUCGAGAAGCAGCGCGCCAAAGGGCUCAUCUGCACCAAUAUGACCGCCCAGGAAUGGGGCUGGCCGGACUUCGAUAUAACAAUAUUCCGCAGGCACCCGGCAUCAACACCCCUGACCACGGUCCUUAUCGCCGCGCGAGUCCAUCACCCAAUGCAGAGGGAAAUCGGGUUGGCACUGCAGAAUCGGGCUUCGUUCAGCGGCCUACAUGCGAACCCGACCAUCCAGGCUGGGACGGAAGUCUAUAUCCUCAACUCUCCAAACGGUCCCCGAGGCCUGCUGCUCAACAACCAUACCGAAACGUAUUACACGCCAUCCAUGCGUCCGACGGCGACGUCGUCAGGCUCGUCGUACGGGCUUCCAAACCCUCAGCAACUACGACAACAUUUUGCAUUCAUGCCAACGACCCCUACACCUACGCUUCCACCACAACUCGGCGUGAACCAGGAUAAUCAAGGAGACGUGGAUGGCCAAGGACGGGUGCUCUUGAUGGUAACCACCACCUCCGGCGGCCCCCAACAGGAUGCAGGAGCUCCAAACCGCGGCAACCCCAACCCCGAGAAUAUGGCAGUACGUCUCGUCGGUCAGCGCCGUGCAGCUAAUGCCGACUGGCUUCUCGACCGCGUUCGUCGCGCUGAGCGAGCUGGGUUGUUGUUCCUCGCUAGUAUCGCUCCAGGCGUCGCUGAGCGCCACAUUGCUAAUCUCGAGGCAGAAAUCGAGCGACAGCGUCGGGAGACUGAAGCCGCGGAAGCUGCUAGGCGCGCGGCCGAGGCAGAGGCAGAAGCUGCGGCGGGGACAGAGACCGCCGACGGAGCUGUGGGAGAAGAAAACACAACUGGCGAGGAAGGGAGCCCGGCGAUAGCGGGGAGCGCUCCUCAGGUAAACGUGGAUGAGCCUUCGCCCCCGCCGGAAGCGGAUCGGCAGCCCGACCUCAUCCAAGUCUAA